AUGGCGGACGUCAGCGCAACGUCAAAAACCACCGCGCAAGACGCCGCGACAGACAAAAAACAACCUCCAGCCCUAGCAACAUUCCAAGCCCUCCCAAAUAACGAAGAUCACCACAUUGACCGCGUAAAUGCCUUGCGCCUAAUCGCCGACAGUGUCGCGCAACAGCGCCAGGAAGCGAGUCGAGCAAUAAUCACGCAUCCAAUCACAAUUGCCACUGUUUUGGCCCUGUGUGCUGUGUUUUCGCAUUAUAUUGGUGAUCUUGCUACGAUUGUGAUUACGACCGCUGGUUGUUUGAUGGCGGGGAUGUCCGGGGUUGGGUAUCUUACGUAUGGGUAUUUGGAACUGGCCGAACGGACCGGAACGUGGUCGUUUUUACGCGCGGAUGAGAAUACAGAUAAAGAAGACAUUCUCAUUGUGACCAAAUAUGGAGAUGAUAUUAUAGGCGCAUUGGUUUUGAGAUUGGUGGUUGUCGGCGGGAAUAAAAAAAGUCCUAAAUUCAAGGCGCGAUAUCGCAACAAGACCUUCGGCACGGCUUUGCUGGAAGAGGCGAUUGCUCUGGGCAGGAAGAAUGGUUGGGAGGGCCCUGAAUUUGCGCCUGACCAUGCAAAUUCGAAGCGUAUUCUUCCGGGGAUUUUUCACAAGAAUUUGGAUCGGAGGGAAGCGAGGGCUAAGAAUUUGUUGGAGAAGCUAAAAGCAGAGAGCAAAUAG